AUGUUACAGAGGACGUAUUGUGGAGUGCCACGGUCGCAACUGGCGCCCAGAUUUGCCCGUUCAGUCACAACAGGAAGAUCUGGACAGUCAGCAGGGCCCAACUACUCGGAUAUUUACCAACGAGAGAGUGCCGAGGAUCUGGAAGGAGGUCAGGUUGCACACAGUGACGGGCCCAUGGGCGACGAUCUACUGCCCAAGACGUCAUCUUCGCAGCAGAAUAUGUGGCGGGUGUUCGAGAACAGCAAGGACAAACGGCUGGCUUUUGUCAGCAACGACGCAAAGGCGUCUCCUUACCAUUCCGGUGUGGGAAACAAGACCAAGAACAUGACGGUGCAAAAGAACAGAAAGGAGGUGUACGAACGGUGCAAGGAGACGGGAGAUGCUACGACAGCCAUGCAAACCUACAAGAUGGCCUUGUCCAAGGGAGGAACGGCUUCCCUGAGACAGUUUGACCAUAUCACCAUGAUGGAAAUGUGUCUCAAGGACCAGAAUAUACUCAUGUUUCUGGUCUUCUUCGCCCAGACAAUCAGUGUCGGAGACAGCAUCAACACGGCCAUGGAGCAGGUCAAAAACGCAAGACGUCUCAUAAUGCAAGAGAGUAACCAGAGCGUAGCAACCAAGCUGUCUCUGUACACUUGGUGUGUGGCCAUGCAGAAGCUGCUUCAUACUUGCGAUCUUACACAGUUGACACCAACAGCUACAAACACAGUUAUCGCAGAACAGACUCUGGCAUACUGUGUCCAGAACACCCGAGGCGAGGCUCUGGGAGCCAUCAUCAAGCAGUCGCCUUUCAAGGGGCUCGCCUUUUCGCUCAUUGAAUUGUUUGCAGAGAAGCCCAAAAUCAUCUGUGAGCUCAACAAGGCGAUUGACAAUGCAUCGGAAAUGUCAAUCACCACGUUCGGACGUGUUCUGGUGGCUCUUACAGAAACAGGACAGUACGACGCUGCUCUCAAAAAGUACAAUGAUCCCACACAGACAACACUGCUGUGUCGAAAUGAGUACGUCGACCACGUGGCUGUCAUUUACGCGGUCCUGGGCAAGUGGGAUCGCUUCUGUGACAUUCUUACACAAAAAUACGCCCAGCUGGAGAGCAAUACCGACUCAAAGUCGCUUGCCGCUGUUUUAGCACGAGUUCGAGAAGCUGGAGGAGGCUCCGCUUUGUUGGAUUAUGUUGAUCAGAAGGCCGCUGACUUGUUGCCUUUCCAAAUGGUGAUGUGUAUGGCUGCUGGAGACUACCCCAAUGCAGCCGAAGUCUACAAUCAGGGAUACAAGGAGAGUCUGUAUCAUUCAUCAAAAUACGGCCGGAAACUGAGCAGCAAGAGGAACAGCGAUUCUGAGAAGCCUGUCGAUCCUUUACUGACCCAUCUUCUUCUGCAGGUGUACGAUCAUAUUUGUGAGCCUCAGGAGUCGAUCAAAAUCCUUCAAAAGACUCCUGCUGAAGAUAUUACUCCGUUGAUGUUGAGCAACGCGAUCCAGGCGUGUGUUGGAGCCUACUCCCGUACCGCUCUUAUUCGUUUGAUGAAGUUUGUCAAGGAGACUGAAGGAGUCACCCAAGACGUCAGUGUGGCAAAUGCCAUCAUUCGAGCACUGAUGCGACUUGGAGGAUGGUCUGAGGCCGUCACUGUGUUCAACCAUCUUGGGAUCAAGGUCGAUAUCAACUCGUAUGCUGCUCUUUUGUCGGGUCUGGUGUACCACAGGAAAUACAACGAGUAUUCGUAUUUCCUGACCAAGCUGCAACGAACCCGAGGUCUGCAUUUCACUACGGAGAUCUACGGCACCAUCAUGCAGAGUGCUGUUGCUCAAAGUCAGAUUGACAAAGCCGAACAGCUGUUGUUGGAUCUCGAGAAGGCCGUCCCCAAGGUUGAACUCGCUCAUUAUCAUUACCAGUACCUCAUGAGCCACUAUACCAACGCCGGCGAGCCUGCCAAGUCUACGGCUCUUUACCAGCGAAUGACAGACCGUGGUAUUCAACCGUCUGGAGCCAUUACUCGUAACAUGCUGACUAACAUCAAGUUGCAAUACGACAUGGAGGUUCCCGAGCAGCGAAAGACGGCGCUGGUGGUCAUGGAGGCUGCCGCACGUGAUAUUGUGGUAACCUCCGAUCUGCUCAAUCCCGGAGUUAUUUCUCCUUUUGUGAGAGAGGCCUUCUGGUACAUUGAAGAGUCUGAAGGUGCUGAGAAGGGGGAAGCCUUGGAAAUGAUGGCUUCUUUCCUGGCUGCAUACACAGAAAAGCAUGGAGGAUCAGAGAGUAUGCGGGUUCUUAUAUGGGUUCUUCAGCUGGAGUCUCUGAAGUCCGAUACGGACUUUGGAGUGGCCGAGUCUUGUUGGCAGCGGUUAUUCGAUAUUGCCGACAUGCGAAACGCACGCAGCGACCACGUGCGAGGUUUCAGACCCACAAAGACGUCCAACAAGCAUGUCAUGAUCAUGGGCGAUGCUCUGGAGAUCUAUGCCAAGGUGCUAGACAAGAGUGGAAACUCUGACAAGUUGAAGGAUAUUCGACAAGCAUUCAGGUCGAGACGAUGGAGACUUCCCUACUCCAUGAAGCAUUUGAGGUAG